ACGCCCCGGCAGCCGCUGGGGCCGGAGGGCGCGGCGCGCGGACGCGGCGGCGGCCUGGUCCAGCGGGGCCGGAGCGGAGCAGGCCGAGCGGCCGCGCCCGGGCCCGGGUCCGCCGCGCCCGCCCCCUGCCCGCCCUCCCCGCCCCGCGCGGGCGCACGCGCGCUCCCCCGCCCCUCCCUCCGCGCGGGGACCCCUGGCGGGCGGCGCGAGGACAUGGCCAGCGACGCCGUGCAGAGCGAGCCCCGCAGCUGGUCCCUGCUGGAGCAGCUGGGUCUGGCGGGUGCUGACCUGGCGGCGCCCGGGGUGCAGCAGCAGCUGGAGCUGGAGCGGGAGCGGCUGCGGCGGGAGAUCCGCAAGGAGCUGAAGCUGAAGGAGGGGGCCGAGAACCUGCGGCGCGCCACCACCGACCUGGGCCGCAGCCUGGGGCCCGUGGAGCUGCUGCUGCGCGGCUCCUCCCGCAGGCUCGACCUGCUGCACCAGCAGCUGCAGGAGCUGCACGCCCACGUGGUGCUGCCCGACCCUGCGACCGCCCCCCACGAUGCCCCCCUGUCCCCUGGUGAGGGGGGCCCGGCCUGCUCAGCCGCCAACCUGAGCCGCGUGGCUGGUCUGGAGAAGCAGCUGGCCAUCGAGCUGAAGGUGAAGCAGGGGGCAGAAAACAUGAUCCAGACAUACAGCAACGGCAGCACCAAGGACCGGAAGCUGCUGUUGACGGCCCAGCAGAUGCUACAGGACAGCAAGACCAAAAUCGACAUCAUCCGCAUGCAGCUCCGCCGGGCGCUGCAGGCCUGCCAGCUGGAGAGCCAGGCGGCCCCGGAGGAGGCCCAAGGGAGCCCGGAGCUGGGGGCGGUGGAGCUGCGCAUUGAGGAGCUGCGGCACCAUUUCCGAGUGGAGCACGCGGUGGCCGAGGGCGCCAAGAAUGUGCUGCGCCUGCUCAGCGCCGCCAAGGCCCCUGACCGCAAGGCCGUCAGCGAGGCCCAGGAGAAGCUGACCGAGUCCAACCAGAAGCUGGGGCUCCUUCGAGAGGCGCUGGAGCGGCGGCUUGGGGAGCUGCCCACUGACCACCCCAAGGGGCAGCUGCUGCGCGAGGAGCUCGUGGCGGCCUCGUCUGCAGCCUUCAGUGCCCGCCUGGCGGGGCCCUUCCCUGCCAUGCACUAUAGCACCUUAUGCAAGCCCUCGCCGCUCACAGGGACCCUGGAGGUGCGUGUGGUGGGCUGCAGGGACCUUCCGGAGACCAUCCCCUGGAACCCCACUCCCUCCACGGGGGGGCCCGGGCCCCCGGACAGCCGCACCCCGUUCCUGAGCCGGCCAGCCAGGGGCCUCUACAGCCGGAGUGGAAGCCUUAGUGGCCGGAGCAGCCUCAAAGCAGAAGCCGAGAACACGAGUGAAGUCAGCACUGUGCUCAAGCUGGACAACACGGUGGUGGGACAGACGUCCUGGAGGCCGUGUGGCCCCACCGCCUGGGACCAGAGCUUCACCCUGGAGCUGGAGCGGGCGCGGGAGCUGGAGCUGGCUGUGUUCUGGCGGGACCCGCGGGGCCUGUGUGCCCUCAAGUUCCUGAAGCUGGAGGACUUCUUGGACAACGAGAGGCACGAGGUCCAGCUGGACAUGGAGCCCCAGGGCUGCCUGCUGGCUGAGGUCACCUUCCGCAACCCCGUCAUUGAGAGGAUACCCCGGCUUCGGCGGCAGAAGAAGAUCUUCUCCAAGCAGCAGGGGAAGGCGUUCCAGCGCGCCAGGCAGAUGAACAUCGACGUGGCCACCUGGGUGCGGCUGCUCCGGAGGUUCAUUCCCAGCGCCGCGGCCACGGGCACCUUCAGCCCCGGCUCUUCUCCCGCCCCCGAGGCCCGGUCCUCAGGCGACAUCCCCGUGGAGAAGCUUAACCUCGGGGCCGACCUGGACAGCUCCCCCCAGAAGAGCCCUCCGUGUUCUCCUUCCAGUCUGAGUUCGCCGGCCCAGGAGACGACCACCACGUCUGAGCUGCCUUCAGGGACUCAGGAGACCCCGGGCCCCACCCUGUGCAGCCCUCUCAGGAAGUCACCCCUGACCCUCGAGGACUUCAAGUUCCUGGCGGUGUUGGGCCGGGGUCACUUUGGGAAGGUGCUGCUCUCCGAGUUCCGGCCCAGCGGGCAGCUGUUCGCCAUCAAGGCUCUGAAGAAAGGGGACAUUGUGGCCCGGGAUGAGGUGGAGAGCCUCAUGUGCGAGAAGCGGAUCUUGGCAGCGGUGACCAGCGCGGGCCACCCCUUCCUGGUGAACCUGUUCGGCUGCUUCCAGACGCCGGAGCACGUGUGCUUCGUGAUGGAAUACUCAGCUGGGGGCGACCUGAUGCUGCACAUCCACAGCGACGUCUUCUCCGAACCCCGGGCCAUCUUCUACUCAGCCUGUGUGGUGCUGGGGCUGCAGUUUCUCCACGAACACAAGAUUGUCUACAGGGACCUGAAGUUGGACAAUUUGCUCCUGGACACGGAGGGCUAUGUCAAGAUUGCAGACUUUGGCCUCUGCAAGGAAGGGAUGGGCUAUGGGGACCGGACCAGCACGUUCUGUGGAACCCCGGAGUUCCUGGCCCCCGAGGUGCUGACAGACACGUCGUACACGCGGGCGGUGGACUGGUGGGGGCUGGGCGUGCUGCUCUAUGAGAUGCUGGUCGGUGAGUCCCCUUUCCCAGGGGACGACGAGGAGGAGGUAUUUGACAGCAUCGUCAACGACGAGGUUCGCUACCCCCGGUUCCUGUCCGCGGAGGCCAUCGGCAUCAUGCGCAGGCUGCUGCGGAGGAACCCGGAGCGGAGGCUGGGAUCCAGCGAGAGGGAUGCGGAGGAUGUGAAGAAACAGCCCUUCUUCAGGACCCUGGCCUGGGACGCCCUGCUGGCCCGGCGCCUGCCGCCGCCCUUCGUGCCCACGCUGUCCGGCCGCACAGACGUCAGCAACUUCGAUGAGGAGUUCACCGGGGAGGCGCCCACGCUGAGCCCCGCCCGGGACUCCAGGCCCCUCACGGCCGCGGAGCAGGCGGCCUUCCGGGACUUCGACUUCGUGGCCGGGGGCUCUUAGCCCGCUCCCGCCCCGGCGCCCACCCAGCUGUUGUUAGUUUUUAAAAAUGCCUUUGGGGUUUGCCCCUCCAUGCA